AUGGUAGGAAGCCCGCCAAAGCAAUCUGAUUUCCGCAAGUUAGAGAGAGCGUACUCCAUGAACGAGUUAGCUCGAGUACAUGGAGGCAAAGCGGCAGAAAGGAGCCCUGAAGGUGAGGAAAUGCGAAAGACAACUGAACGCUGGACCAUGAACGAGUUAGCUCAAAUACAUGGUAGCAAGGCCGCCGAAACCAUGAACGAGUUAGCUCGAGUACAUGGAGGCAAAGCGGCAGAAAGGAGCCCUGAAGCUCUGCCUCACCUCGGGAACCUCUUCACACAAUAUUCGACUAUCCCUGCAUGGACUAUAUGUACGUUCUUCAAAUAUUAUUUCUAUAGUACCGACAGCCUUUCUACGCAUUUCAAGGAACCUGCAUCUCAUCUUACAUUCGCUACAACUCAAGCUCUGGAUAAAGACAAGCUGAACGACCUUCCGACUGCCGAAGCGAAGAUCUUUUUGCCUCCAGGAACUGAGCUUCCUGGGGAGGAGUGGUCCAUAUUCACAGAAACGUACCUUCGAGAUCGCAUAAGCUACGAGACGGAGGCUCUGAGCAUCAGGGGUCCUCAGCCCCCGUUUGAAUAUGAUCCCCUCAAAUUGGAUAAUGAGGUAUUGGAAGAAGGGGAAGAGAGGAAUGCUAGAAAUGGGUUUUCAUAG